GGCUGCAGAAUCACCGAUUGGCGGUAUUGCAAUAAACCUCCACCCACGCAGGUACACGGAGCUUGUGGGUGCAGCAGUAAGAAAGUGAUGACCUCUGGUGUUUGGCAAUACCGAUUUUACUUGUUGAUAAAUCCUGUGACUACUGACUAUAUAGGUUCCCAGUUCAUGUGCCAACUACACACAGUGAAAGACUCGCGCCAAAUGGAGGUUGUCUCGUUCACCCGAUGGCCGGACCGCAUAAUGUAUACCUGUAAAAAUACAAGCUUUGUUUUCGAUUGGGAAUUUAGUCCAAUCAGAGAAUCAAUUUUGUCAAGAUUUCACAUCAUCCGUAUUUCCUGGACUGCGGCAGGCAAGGGAUCUGUGCGAUAUUUGGGUACAUACCAUAUGAGUGACGACGGAAAA